UAUUAUUAUUCUACUAUUUUGACAAUAAUUUUUGGUACUACUAAAAAUUUACAUUUUACAUAUUGUUUCUACAGUAUGUAAUUGUAUUUAAAAAUGACUGGUUUAAUUGCAUUGUGUGUGACUUUUUUUAUUCUCUAUUGUUGUUUUACUUGGGUAAUACCAAGAUUUUUAGCAUGGUUAGUAAAAAGACGAUACAAAAUUUAUCUACGUGUCGGUCAUAUUUCAUUACCGUAUUUUAUAUUACGUGACGUAAAUAUUUCUAAAAAUGGUUUUACAUUGCAAGUGGAAGAAAUCAGUAUACGAAGCAGUCUCUUUAGUAGUGAUGUUGCAAAACUUUUAGCUGUGAUCAUGAAAGAUGUUAGAAUUAAUAAAGAUGUUCCAAUAAAACCUCUACAAAUAUUAAGAAAGCCAAAGAAGCCAAUGGAUUUUCGAAACAAGAAAAUCCCACCGAUAAUUAUAACAUUUGUACAAUUUAUGGCUGUGCACGUAGAAAAUUUAAGUCUUCUGAUUUUGGGUAAUGGUUGGUUAGCUAAUGGAAGUGCUGAAAGUCUCACUUUAGAUGGUAGUGUUGUUCAUGGAGCUCGUACUCUUCUUGCAUCUGCUGCCAUUAUAGGUGGAGCAAUGAAAUUAUUACGUCAUGCAUCAGAUGCAUGUCUUUCACAGAUAUGUUUUGCUGGAACAGCUGAAGCAACUUUGAAGGCACAAGGAGAACUUUCGGUAGAGAAAUUGUACAUCGGAAUCACGCAGACAGAGGGUUCUGGAGGAGCAGGUCUUGUUACAUUCUUCAAAGACAGAAGUUCAUUAACUAAUGCUGCAUCUUCAUAUUCAGAUGUACAUGUCAAUCCUUCCAAUAAUCUUUUAGCUCGAUUAGCACCAGUUAUACCAAAGGAUUUUAAUUUAAAAGUGGGUAAUUCUUCUAUAAUUACGGGUAGAGAAGAUGGUGUAGUGCUUGGUUUAGAAGGUAUAAUGAAAGGUUUACAAAUUAGCACAAAAUUCCAACCAUUUGAACCACUAUUAAAUUUCACUUUAAAUUUGGAUGGGCUAUCAAUUCGAAGUAAACUUCCUGUUUUGACAUUACGAUCAUUAAUAAUAAAUUCAAAGAUGGAACAAGAUAUUUUACAAAUUGCUACACAGAUUAAUAAUCUUUCUAUUAUUUAUGAUCAUAAAGACUGGGAGACAAUAUUAUUUAAUACCGAUAACGAAAUUUCAAAACCUGUUGGUAAUAUAACAUUUAAGAAUAAAUUACCAUGGUUAGAUAUAAGAGUAAAUACUGAACUUUAUGAUUCCUCAUUAUGUAUCAAAUUAUUGGAUGUUCAUGAAGCUUCAUGUGGUGUAGCUCAUAUGAAAUUUUCAUUAAAUACAUUUGCAGAUAUAAUAGACAAUUGGAAUACAGAAUUAGUAAUAGAAUCUUUGUAUUGUACUUUAAAUGGUUCCAAUGCUUUUAUUUCGGAAUCAUCUCAUCAAUGGGGAACACCUUUGUCUAUUGGAGUAUUAUUAGCUACAACACGUACCAAUGCUAUAGGAAUUGCUGUUGAUGCUCUUGUAACUGAAUGGAGUUUAGAACUUGCUAAAUUUCUUGAAGAAGCAUACAAAUGUUGUCAAAUAUACAACAGAAAAAUCGAAAGAAUGAAAAAUACUAAAAAAUCAGAUAAUAUUGUUCAAUUAAAUCUCAAAAUUACAAAUUGUAAUUUAUUCUUUAUCGCAGAAAAUAAUCUAUCCAUCAUGAUGCGUUUGGAUACUGCAAGUUUAGAAUAUAAUAUAAAGCGAUUAGUGGGUGUAACAGAAGGUGUAAGCGCAAUAACAUUAAAUAAAAAUGAACCAAUUGUAUGUCAACAUGCACAAGCAUUAGUACAUCCGUUUUUAGCUAUAAGAAAGUGCAAAGGUGCAAUUACUCCUGAAAUGAUAAAUAUUAGUUUGGAUGGUACCAAUCUGGCAUGGAGUCCAAAUUUACAUCUUCGCCUUUUAAAACUUUGGCUAGAAUCUGCAAAUUUUAGAUCUAUUAUAAACAAAAACUCUUCCAUUGUUCAAGAUGAAGACAUUGAAAAUCAACAAAAACGAUCGAUAGAUAUAUUGGCUACUAGCGGUAUCAGUCUAUCUAUAGAUAUUUCUCCAAAACAUUUUUUGGAACUUUCAUCAGAUCAGUUACGUUGGUCACAAGGAGAAUGGAGAUUAAAUUAUUUGCGUGCUACUUUAGACAUGGCUGACAUAAUUAUGAUUGAAGGAUUCGAAUUAAUUAGAGUACUAAAUAAUGAAGAAGUCCAAUUAGAACGCCAAAGUAAUGAAGGUUUUGUUUUGGAUUGGAAUGAAACUUGGAUGCUCAAUAUCGAAUCGGUAAAAGCUUGCUUUCCAUAUGAACAUCAGUUUACUGAUGCAAUUCAAAAUGAAUUAUUCAGCAUAAAGAAAUGGUUAAAAGAAAUUCAUUCAUCGUCAUCGUUAUCAUCAACUCAUGAAAAAGAAAAACGUUUGCCAUAUGAUUUAAUUAUAAAAAUUAAAGAAUGGAUAUUUGAAGUAAGCGAUGAUCCAUUUGAAGUACGUUUACGAGAUAAUUAUGAAUUAUUAGAAGAUGAAUAUAAGGAAAGCCUAAAAAGACAAGCGAUGCUCGAUACUAAAGUGCAGGAAUUAUGUCGAGCUCACUUAUUGCUACCUCAAGGUAAAGUAGAAGAACUGUAUGCUAGUCUGAAUAAAAAGAAUGCCGAAAUAUAUGUACAACGAUGGAAACAAAUGCAGCGCGCUGGUCCAGCUAGAACACGAUUAUUUGCUUGGUCUAUGAUAGAUAUCGAGAUAUUAGCUUUAGCUGAUCCAUCGAUCAAUGGCACGGAAAAUGCGAUAAAAGCUCUUCGAGAAAUGGAUGCAGAAACUCCUUGGCCGGAGGAUGGUCUUGAAUUUAGUACUUUAUGGGUAAGAGGAAUCAGUUUAAAGUGUGCUGAAUGGAAAUUACAAUUACGAGACUUUCCCCAACCAUUACUCUUAGUAGAAAGUUUAAGCGUAUGGGGUAGAUUAGCUGGGGCAGAGGCUUUAGCACCAUUGAGAGCUAGACGAACUGUAAGAAUCGAAAUUGGUAUACCUUGGGAAGAUAUUGUUAUAGAAAGAGGAAUGACAUCAUUGAAAUAUUAUCAUGAUCUUAAUUGGGAUAUUGAUAAGUUCAGAUACGCAUUUGGUCCUUGUUGGGAACCUGUGAUAGCACAAUGUAAUCUUAGUUUUGAGAAAAUUAUUCAUCCAUCACGAGAUCCAAGUCCCCCAUUACCAUUUUGGGACAAAAUGCGAUUAGCUCUUCAUGGAAGAUUAACACUUUGUGUGAAACAAUUAACAGUUCUAUUACAUGGCUCAUUAGAUCCAUACAACACUACAGAAGAAAUGGAACUUACAUGGACAGGAUUGGAACUCGAUUGGACACAGGGCAGAAUUAUUGUAAAAGGAGAUUUGGAUGUUUAUGUUCGUACAGCUAGUAAAUAUGAUGACUGCAGAUUAUUACAUUUACCGAAUGUACGUUUAAGCAUAAAAUUAGCAUGGGUUUGCUUAGGCGAUCCUAGAGACCAUCAUGCUGCGAUACCUUGCGCUCCAGAUAGAUUACCAGAAUAUUCGAGCAAUCAAGAACACGAUUCAUUUAGAGCAUUUCGUUCACAAAAUUUAAAUGUUAGUCUUUCACUCGAAACGAAACCAACUGGAUCUCCGGCAUUAGCAAGCGCACCAACUGCCUUACUAUAUGGUAGCACUCUUAGAUGGUUCGAAAAUCUAAAAUUUAUUUUGUCUGGAGCAACAAGACCAACCAGAAAAGGACCACUUUUUAAGAACAUUAGACCUAGAAAGAAACAAUUGAGCAGACAUUAUAGAAAAGUUCGAUUAACUUUAGCUUUCCAUCAAUUUCAUGUUAGCUAUUGGAUGUCAUUCGCCAUGCAACGCGGAUUCGAAGUAACUGGCGGAAGAGUAGUAUGUAGUUGUGAGCAUAAUUUGUCGUUGCAUCCAAUUGAUGAUGGACUAAUACAUCGACCAAGAGCUGAAUGGUCAGUAGUAUACAUGAACUGUGAACUUAGUGAUGCAGAAAUUUGGUUAAAAAGUGCUCUUCAUGAGGACAAGGAAAGCGCUUCUCUUCGACAACCGGUUGAAAAAUGUUAUUGUUUAAGCGUUGCUCGUGUCAGUUAUGGUAGAGAAGCAAUGGUAACUGGAGUUACUGGAGGGGAUACUCCUACACACAGGCUUGUUGUACAUGACUUGAAAGGAGCUUGGACGAAAACAAAUAGAGAUGUGGCAUUUGCACUCUUUGAUUCUUUUAUAAAAACUCAGCAACUCAAGAAAAAUCUUUCUACUGCAGCUUUGAAAGGCUUUCACAGGGAAAGUUCAUCAACACCGCAUAAAAAUCGAACAAGAUCGAUUGAAGUACAAAAUGCAGCAACUCAAGUGAACACAUCGUCUGCAACAAAACCACAACAGGGAGAAGCUGUUGGUAUGUUACAGAGAUUAAUAGCCGAAGCUGCAAAUAAACCAGUUGCAUUCAGCGAUGAUCUAUCGGUACAAACGAGAGGUCAACAAUUGCGUGGACUAGCAGCUUGUCAUCAAGAUGAUGUUCUUCAUAAAAAUUGGCUAAUUGCUUUAGUGAACAGUCAAGUAUUAUUAAAAGGUAUUGAAACACGAGGCUACGUAAUUUUAUCUGCAGCAAAAGCGGAAAUAUUACAAAGAAUACAUCAACCUGUAUGGAAAGAAAGAACUUUAGUAUCAAAAACAACCUGGGUUGGAUCAUUAGAAUGUAUGCAAUAUUAUGCAACUGUUAGUGCCAACAUCGAUGAAAAUAUCGAUGAUAAUAUAAUGUGGUUGACAUUAGAUAAUAUACAAGAAAAAGAUUCAACUGUAAUAGCUGGCUUACCAGAUGUACCAGCGCUAGUAGGUUCAGGACAAAGUGUCGGUGGUGUAGUAAGUCAGACAGUUGGCGGUGGCGGUGGACCUCAACAUCAGCUACAACGUAUCGUCUCAAGAUGUAAAUGUGAAUUCUUUUAUGUUGGUUAUGGACAAGCUUUGGACGUCGGCUCUGUCGAUCAAAUUCCACCACCACCUAGAGAAGAAGUCAGUCCAUGGGAAAGAAAAGAACUUUUAGCAGCUGAUGCAUUUACAUUGAUGCAUCAUGAUUUAGAUGUCUGUACGAAUUCGUUGCAGUAUGCUAUGAUUUUAGAUAUUGUUAAUAAUUUGCUUUUAUAUGUCGAACCAAGAAGAAAAGAAGCGUCGGAACGUUUGCAAAGAAUGAGAUUUCAAUUGCAGUUACACUCAGUCGAAGAUCAAAAACGGCCAAUUCAACAAUUACAAAAUACUGUGCGUGGUUUAGUGGCAAAAUUAAGGAGAUUGGAACGUGAGACUUAUUUAGUACAAAAAGCAUUAGCAGAGGAAUCUAGUCCCGAAUUACUAGCAGAAAUGGAACGGUUGGAAGUUAGAGUUUUCGAAUGUAAGGAACAACUUGGAGCAAAAGCGGAAGAACUUGAUGUUAUGUUAAGUUGUUAUAAAGAAACAACUACUCCAACUACAGCUUCUACUACAUUGAAAGAUAAACCAGCAGCAGUCGCAAGAGUGGCAGAAAUUUGCUUCAAACAUGCUCAGUGGAGAUUAACUGAUGCAGAUGGUCAAUUGGGAAUUGCUGAUCUUAUAUUAACUAAUUUCUUAUAUACAAAAACAAGUAAAACUGAUGAUUCAGUUGAACAUCUUCUUGAAUUAGGAUAUGUUAGGAUGACUAAUUUACUACCAAAUCAAAUUUACACGGAAGUAUUGACACCGACAGAAUUACAAAGUAAUAUGCCUGUCGAUAGACAAAGAGCUCUUCGCGUUUUCUGUAGAGAAAAAGCACCAGUUGCUGGAAUAUCUGUAAAAGAACAUUUCGAAAUCAAUGUUGUCCCAUUAACAAUAGGAUUAACAAAAAAGUUUUUCAAUACAAUGCUCAAAUUCUGUUUUCCUGAAAGAGAUCCAGAAGGAAUAGAGGAACCACCAGCACCACAACGAGAUUCUUCUUUUUAUGUUCCAAUCGAAAGAAGAGAUGAUGUAGAAAAAAUGAAAGAACGAGCGGACAAAAAUAAAUUAUUUAUAUAUAUUAAAAUACCUGAAGUACCCGUUCGUGUUUCUUACAAGGGAAAUAAAGAAAAAAAUUUAGAAGAUGUUCGUGAUUUUGCUCUGGUAAUACCAACAUUAGAAUAUCAUAAUGUUACUUGGACAUGGCUUGACCUUCUUUUAGCUAUGAAAAGUGAUUCUAGACGUGUAAUAUUAAGUCAAGCUAUUAAACAAAAAUUACAAAUUAAGCCACGAGGCCCGCAAGAAGAAUCCGCUCCACAAGAAGAAGAUAAAGCUCGACUCUUACUAGGUGCUAGACAUCUACCGGGUGAUGUGAAAAAAAAAGGCACAGUUUCUAUUUGAGACAGCAAUAAUUUGUAAUAUUCUAAUAACGAUUAAAAUUUAUAAUUAUAUUUUGUUGUAUAUUGAUUGUAAAUAUUUUGGUCUUAUAAAAAUAAAUGAUACAUUC